AUGGCUGCGGAUCCUCAGAGGAAUGGUGGGGUGGAAGACGAGACGAAGAAGGAAGUGCUGGAGCGUCAAGCUGCAGACGACUCGCAAGCAUCCGACAACGACGGCGGUGAGCGCCCCGUCCGCCACAAAUUACAAGAAACCUCGAUCACUUCGGCACCCAAGACUUCGACGGACGGCGACGCCAACAUGACCGGCAAUACGCAGGAAGGAAGCUCCAGCAGGGCCAGCAGCAGGGGCAGGAAGCGAUCAUUCGACGAAGAUGAGCCGGAGAAGAACGAAGACGAUGCAGGCCACCGUCGCAAGCGGUCGCGCGACUCGAACUCCGAGGAGGAGAAUGCAAAUGCCGAUGUCGAUGUGGAAGUCCCGCAGCUACAGAAGGGAGAGGAAGUGACACGGGAUAUUGCGGUUCCGAAGAAGAAGAGAAGCAGGGAUCAGUUGGAUAAGGAUGAAUCGACAGUCGGUGCUUCGGGCGAGAAAGCGGAGCAGAAUGCUGCGGAGGAGGCCUCGACGGAAAAGUCUGAAGUCGAAGGACAGCCCGAGAAGAAGAGACAUACGGAUGAUGCGCGAGAGAAGGAAUCGGCUCCCAUUACCAGUGCAUUUGCGAAUACAUCGUCGGUUUCACCAUUCGGGGCAAUUGGUGCGAAGGCCAAGGAAGAAGAAGCAAAGCCCGCUGCCGCCACAUCAUCAACUGCUUUUGCUGCGUCAAGUCUGGCCGCGUUCGCCAGCUCGGAACAAUCGCCCUUUGGCUCCCUCGGAAGCUCCACACCCUCUGUCUUCAAGUCGCCGGCAUCGACGGACUCUCCCCAGCCGGCUGCUACUGGAUUUGCUUCUGCAGCCGGCACAUCGGGAUUUGCUGCGCUGGGGUCUGGCUUCUCUGGGUUCAGCGGUGGCUUUGCGGCAGCCAAGCCCGCAGGUGGACUUACGAGCUUUGCCUCCCCUAGUGCUCCCAGUGUUCUGGGCGGCUCCAAGACGUCUGCUUUCGGGGCACCCGAAGACGAGGAAGAAAAGGAGGAAGAUGAGGAACAAGCCGGUGACAGCGGCCCGGGAGAGUUCGAGCAAGACAAGACGGACGAGAGAUUUUUCGAACGUCCGAUCGAGACUGGCGAGGAGAACGAGAAGACAUACUUCUCAUGUAAAGCCAAGCUUUUCCACUUCACGAACAAAGAGUGGAGAGAACGUGGCAUUGGGACCUUCAAGGUCAACGUCCGUGUCACGGACGGAGUAGAGGACAAGAAGGCAGCUCGCAUGAUCAUGCGCGCAGACGGUGUGCUGCGCGUGAUGCUGAACACGCCCAUUUUCAAGGGAAUGACGGUUGGUGAUGGACAGGGCAAGGAGCCCAAGUCGAAGCAGAUCAACCUAGCCAGUUUGGAAAGUGGCCGCUCUGUUCCGAUCUUGCUCAGAACCGGAAGCGAAGACCUCGCCAAAGAAUUAUACCGCGUUGUUCGCGACCUCCAGGAAUACCAGUGA